AUGCAAUCCAUUUCUUUUGCAUCUGGCGGCGACCCAGAUGCAACAGAUUACGUUGCAUAUGUAGCAAAAGAUCCUGUUAAUCGUCGAGCUUGUCAUAUACUGGAAUGCAGUGAUGGGCUGGCGCAAGAUGUCAUCAGCACGAUAGGCCAAGCUUUUGAACUACGCUUUAAGCAGUAUCUGCAGUGCCCAUCUAAGAUACCAGCAUUUCCUGACAGAAUGCAAAGUUUAGAUGACCCAUUAUGGACAGAAGAGGAUGGGACAACAGCAGAACCUCAAUAUUAUAACAGUAUUCCAAACAAAUUGCCCCCUCCAGGAGGUAUUAUUGAUGAGAGGUUAAAGGCUCAGAACACAAACCAAGGAGACAAUAAUCAGCUUUUGACCUCUUCUGGAAAAGAACAGACAUAUUACCAAGGUCGUCAUCUAGUUGAAAAACCUAAUGAAGCCUUUCAACAAGCUGUAAAAAGGCAAGCAUCUUUAGACAUUUAUAGUGUUCCAGAAAGAAAGUCAUCAGCAAACCAGGCAAGCAAUGCACCCACAUAUGUCAAUACCCAGCACAUCAAUAAGAAGGCACUGGGGGUCCUUCAAAGGAGUAUGGAUUCUGCAUUCUCUGGAUCUGUUGACAGCUGCAAGGACUUCAGCCCAAGAAAAGAUCUGUUUGACAUGAAACCAUUUGAAGAUGCAUUGAAGAAUCAACCGAAGCUAAAUAAAGAUGCCUCGGUUGACUGCUCCAGCCCACUGCUAUCCAGAGCAGCAAUAUUAACCAUCAAUGAAGAAUUGAAAUCAGAAUCCUGGUAUGUUGGAGAAAUGUGCAGAAAAGAAGCAGAGAAACUACUUAAAAGAGAUGGAGAUUUCCUUGUAAGAAAAAGCAUCAAUAACCCUGGUUCAUAUGUGCUAACUGGUAUGCACAAUGGACAGGCCAAACAUCUUCUUCUAGUAGAUCCUGAAGGCACUGUCAGAACUAAAGAUCGUGUGUUCGAUAGCAUUGGUCAUCUUAUCAAUCACCACCUGGAGAAUCUUUUACCCAUUGUAUCGUCUGGAAGUGAACUAUGUCUCAAGCAGCCUGUGGAGGGAAGGCCUUGA